UGAGUUACAAAAACACAAUUGCAUGUAGGCGCCGCAUUGUGACGGUCAGUGAAAAACACGAGCGCACGAGUUUACAGGACGUUUCCAUUCACGUGUUCUUUGCCUCAAGUUUUAAGUAUCCCCUGGCCAGAAAGGUCUUAUCUACAGGGACGUGCUUUACCGGUUAAUCAUGCUAAAGAUCAGGUCACGCAUUUCUCUGCGUGCGUCCCUUUGCGUUUGCGUUCUUUCAGCAAAAAUAGUUGGCGAAUUUCUUCGCAAUGUGGUAGAAACUAACGAUAUCUUAAACAGUUAUUCGCCUUAUCGCGGAAGCCACCCAAAGUUGGAAUCGAGUAUGUGAUACAACACGUUCUUAACAUGCCACUUUUGACGCUGGAAAGAAAAUUCCGGAGUUGCAAAAAUUUUCGUGCUGUCAUUUUUACAACAUCCACUUACGCAAGAAUUUACGGCAAAGAAUAUGUCCAGACACGAACAAGGAAGACACGGGGGAUGCCACAAUCCAUCGCUCCGGCGAGAAGGGGCGCGCAUACUUACGCAAUCGUAAAUUUGUGCAAAAAUGUCUGUUAUGCUCGUUUCACUUCCGCGAUAGCCUUGCGAUAGUGAGUCUGUCUUGGUGUCGGAGCAUUUCUAAUGCCUCCUAAUGCCGUUUCCAAGUGGUACCAACACCGACCUUCGCAUCUUUUUGAAUCCCGGACGGGGCGACAAUGAUCGCUCUAAAUUGGACGGAAUUAUCCUCAAUCGAGCUCGCUGCCGGAGAAAGAUCAGCACAUUGGAGUGCAAAGUGUGCCCGCCCGGCAUAUCAGUAUAAAACCUGUACUGAUAGCGUGCGGACGGAAUGGUUACUCGGCGACCAACGAUGUCGAUCCGCAGAUCCGAACGGAUACGGUGUGUAACCCUGCUGGCACCGCUGCUGCUGGCGCUCUUCCUUGCGGCUGUCCCAACUGCCAGUGCCCAUCAGUGUUUCUGUGGUGUGCGCCGAGCGCAGAACGAAACGAUCUACCCGGACGUACCGAUCGAACCGGGCGAGUGGCCAUGGCACACGCUCAUCUACUACUGGUCCGGCUCGCGGCUUGACCCACCGGCCAAGAUCUGCGAGGGUGCACUCAUCGACGAGCGGUUCGUGCUGGCCGCGGCCCACUGUCUGACCGUGCGCGGCAGUUCCGAUGGCGAGCUGCUGCCCUCGGAUCAGCUCGUUGUGCACGUCGGCGUUGUGUCGGUGCAGCAGGAUAACGAGCGUUCGCGACGAUUCCAAGUGCGCAAUGUGACGGUGGAAGAUGAGUCGGACCUGGCACUGAUCGAGCUGCAGCUGGGUGAGCCGCGAACCGCCGUACCGAAGCUGAUGCCCGAUUCGAGUGCCUCCAGCGACGAGGAUGGCAGUGGCGGUGGUGUCGAUGUGGCGGAAAAUUUGCAACCAGUGGUGGCUGAUAGUGGCGGUUGGAAACCAAUUCCAGUGUGUCUGGUCGAUGCACUCGAUCUGACCACCCUGUAUGGCACGGAAAUGUACAUACUGAACCAGAGCCAGCGGAAUCGCCUGGGGGGCUAUGAGCCGGUACGGUUAAUACUGAACGAAUUUCUGCUCUGCUCCGGAUCUACGCUCGCCAUGAAGUCACGGUCGAUCAAUGGAACGACCGUUUCCUUCACCAUCAAAGAUCUCAACCUACCGAGCAACGAUAGGGGCACGGCACUAUACUUCAAGCACCAGGGCACGUGGAGCCUGCUCGGCUUUACCGUGUCCCGGGCCAGCCGCCAAUGGACGCCCGGUUCCGUCUGUCUGCCGAACGAUAUCAUUUCCUUCGAUUGUCUCUAUCCGGCACUGGACUGGGUGAUGGAAAACUUUGGCGACACCAACAGCUAGGGCUACGGAUGGUGGAAAAGUGCUAUUGUGUGUGGGUUUUGGACCGACCGAUCGGUCGGUACUGGUGCUUGCCGCCCAAAGCCUCUGGUGAAACAAUAAAUAGCGAUUGUGCCAUGCGGAGGGUCGCUAUACCACUCGGUCGCUAAAGAUCUUCAA